AUGUCGAAACGAACAGUCUUUACGUCCAUCACUCCCCUUCCUCCGGGCAUCUCUCGACAAGCCGCCAUCGACUUCCUCCACAACCACCGCGACAUGAUCGAUCUGAAUCCCUUGGUCACCGAUCGCCACAUCAUUCCUCCUCCUUCUCACGCUCUGCCGGAAGAGCACGUCUGCACCUGGUACUCCAUCACCGACAAAAUCUCCUACCUUCCCGGCGGCCUUGUUACGGGCGCAGUCUCGUACACUGCAGCUUUUCACGACCUACCAACGGGUCUGCAGACUCACUGCCAUGCACCCAUGGGCGUCGAUCUCCGCGAGAAGUGGUCUGUUGCUGGAUCUGAGCCUGGGGAAGAUCCAGAGCCGAUGGAGCUUGGCUUGGGAGCGCCGCGGACGGGGUUAUACAUUCGAGAGGAUGUCAUUAUAACAUGCAAUAUGGUUAUGGCAGGCUUCAUCAAGAAGACGAUUAAGAAGGCUCACGGCGUAUUAAUCGAUGCCAUAGCCUUGAAGGCUGCCGGCUCAAAUCCCUUACUACAGGCGUCACAUACGCAGGAGCGACAGCAGCAAGCUUUGCCGCCGCUGAUUCAAAAUAAGCUGCUGACAAAACCACUACCCGCACGGCCAAUCUCAUGGCAAGCACCACCACCACGACCAGCCCCAGCAUCCCUGACGACGAAUACCUACCAGACAGCGACCUACCAGACAGAUACCUAUCAAACAGACACUUAUCAAAGGGAACCCUAUCAGACAGAACCAUAUCAGACAGAGGUCUAUCAGUAUGAGACCGGAGGAAUGGACAGAGGGCCGCACUACGGAUACGUAGAGGACCGGAUGGGACCCCGCACAAUGACGACAAAGUACGCUUAG